AUGAACGGCGAUAGUUACUCGUCUCGAGAUCACCGCAGCCAUCGCCGCACAGAGGGAGACGUUGACGCAUACUCUUCAAGUCGCAGCCACCGUGAUAGAGAACGUGAGGACAGAUACUCAUCGGCGCGCGACGGUCGCGGGGACGGUCGUGGGGACGGUCGUGGGGACGGUCGUGGGGAAGGUCGCGGGGAAGGUCGCGGUGACCGCCGCGGCGAUCGCGAUUGGGACCGUGACCGAGGUUCCUACCGCAGAGACGCCCGACGUGACGAUGACGAGAGACCUAGCCGACGAGAGCGAGAGCCUUACGAUGAUCGUCGAAGAGGAGGACGAGACAGGCGCGAUGAUGGAUUUGCAAGACAGCAAGAGCAGCAGCAGCCACGUCGCAGUCCAUCACCUCCGAAGAAAAGAGAACCCACCCCAGAUUUGACGGAUGUCAUCCCUAUCCUCGAGCGAAAGCGACGCCUUACACAGUGGGAUAUCAAGCCUCCUGGUUAUGACCUCGUGACGGCUGAGCAAGCCAAGCUUUCUGGAAUGUUUCCUCUUCCAGGUGCUCCUCGCCAACAACCAAUGGACCCAACAAAGCUGCAGGCCUUCAUGACCCAGCCUGGUGGCCAAGUCACUAGCGCAGGUCUCAAAGCCAGCAACUCUCGCCAGGCAAAGCGUCUUCUUGUUUCCAAUGUUCCUAGUGGCGCUAGCGAAGAUGCUUUGAUUUCAUUCUUCAACCUGCAACUGAACGGCCUAAACGUCAUUGAAAGCUCCGAUCCUUGUGUCCUUUGCCAGUUCUCCGCAGACCGAGCAUUUGCAGUCUUGGAAUUCAGAAAUGCGUCUGACGCAACUGUUGCGCUCGCCUUGGACGGCAUUUCAAUGGAGGCUGACGAUGCGAUGAAUGGUACAGCCGAUGGCGUAAACUCUGGCUUGAACAUUCGCCGACCCAAAGACUAUGUCAUGCCCGCUCUACCAGACGAGAUGCCUUUCGACCCCGAGGUCAUCUCAAAUGUCGUCCCUGACACCGUGCAUAAGCUUUGUAUUACUAACAUUCCCUCAUUCCUCACCGAAGAACAAGUUAUUGAACUUCUGGCUGCCUUUGGCAAGCCCAAAGCUUUUGUCUUGGUGAAAGACCAAAGCACCGAAGAAUCCAGGGGAAUUGCGUUUACCGAAUACCUUGAGCCUUCCUUAGCAAAUGAGCCUGCUCUGAACAGCCUAAACGGAAUGGAUGUCGGUGGCAAGAAGCUAAAGGUGACAAAAGCCAGCAUUGGACCUACCCAGGUCGCCAAUUUCGACGUGGGCAUCACUGCUAUCAGUGGUCUCGCCUCCCAAACCUCCAAUGAUAUUGAGAGGAGCUCUGUUAUUCAGCUUCUGAACAUGGUCACUCCUGAGGAGCUGAUAGACAACGACGACUAUGAAGAAAUCUGCGAAGAUGUCCAGGAUGAGUGUGCCAAAUUCGGCAAAGUCGUGGAGCUCAAGGUCCCUAGACCAUCUGGCGGUAGCAGACAAUCUGCCGGCGUAGGCAAGAUCUACGUAAAGUAUGAUUCCGAAGAGUCAGCUACCAAAGCUCUUACUGCUCUCGCUGGUAGAAAGUUUGCGGACAGGACCGUUGUGGCAACUUAUUUCCCAGAGGAAAACUUUGAAGUAGGCGCUUGGUAA